AUUAUAAUAUGUAAACUGUAAACUCUAAUUUUUACAAGAUUGAGAUGUUAAAAUGAAUGUGCAGCAUUAUAAUUAUUGCAAUUCGAUGUCUUGAAUACAGCUGAUGCGCUCAAAUAUGAAAUCGCAUAAAUAUAAAAAAAAAGACGCGUGUCUUACAUUCUUACUUGAAGAUGAAUUGAAGGUUCUCCCUUUCUCUACUGAUAAAAAUUGCCCCCAAAAAAAAGAUAAUUUCGAAGAAAAUCGAGAAAUCGUUCAACGCAAUUUUGAUAGUAAUACCGUUUCUUCAGUAAUUAAAGAAGAUAAAAGGAUUGUCCUUUAAUUGCGCGCACUAUCUGCUAUCGGCCGUAGCGUAAAACCUUUCCGAGUGAAGCAACGGUGUUCUAUCGAAGGUAAAAUAAUGAAGAAGCGGAGACCGUGUGCGUGGAAUCCAACUCGUUCCCCAAGAAGUUCACCAACACCUCUAAAUGCUCACGAAAUUGAUGGGUUAUCCAACAAAACUAAAAGCUUUCAUGAUUUAAAACGUUUAAAAAGGAGUAGCAUAAAAUUACAAAAGAAGAGUGCAGAAAAUAGGGAGACCUCUUUGAAAAGAGAUGCGUUCGGCUCGUUAGAAUCUUUGUUCGAUCUAAAAAAACCUCUAAAUUUACCGGAUGUAUACUCGUUAGCGAUCGAGUACCAUCAAGAAGGGUAUGCAGUUCCGUUUGAAUCGAAAAAUACGAAAAAUUUUGUAGAAUCAUUAUUUUCGCAACAAGUGGAACUUGAACCGCACAUUCUUGAACGGACUUUGAAUGUUGAAGAUUUUAAGAAAGAUAAGACAGAGGAAAUUAAACAAGAGGAAAUUGAAUACAUACAAUUAGAACAGGAGGAAAGCAAACAGGAUAUAGUUAAAAAAGAAGAAAUUAAAGAGGAGGAAGUCCAGCAGCCGAGAAUUGAACAAGAAUUUGAUCAAAGAAUAGACGAAUCAAAUCUUGAAACAACAACAUUGCAAAAUUUCGAAAGUUUAAAUCAGGAAAACGAAGAACCACAAAAAAUGGCUGACACAAAUGAAGACGAAAUCACAGAACAAGAAGUUAUUGAAGAAGAUAUACUUGAAGAGAUUGUAACUGAAGAACGCGUGGAAGAAAUAGUAGUGGAAACGAGAACUGAGGAGUUGUACGAAAAUGAACGACCUCCAACAUAUCCUCUUCCUCCAGGUGUCGGUGAAGGUGUACCGAUUAAACCUGGUGGUCGAAAUGAAUCGAUAUUGAGCUCUUCACCUUUAACUGAUAGCAGUGUAAUGUUGGAAAUGAAAACCGCGGACGAACGAUGUGUCGUGCUUUCGAAAGAGAUUGAGCAGUUAAAACAAGAAAUAGCUGCUCUUACAAACAAAAAGGAUUUAACGGAUGAAGAUACAUUAAUAAUUCAAGAAAAGCAGGACGAAGUAAUGAAGAAAUUAGCGGAGUUUGAACAAAUAACGAGGAAAUUACAGCGACUAUUGGGUUUGUCUGAUUUCUCAAGCACCACCUUCGCUAAGAUGUUCGAUAUGCAACCAUUCAAAAAACCUGAAGCAAUUAUUACCGAGGAAGAAGAAGAAAUUACGACUAAAGAAAGAAAAGCAAUGCUAGGAGUGGAGGAUGAGAAAGAACUAGAAUUGGAAAUGCUUAAAGAACGUUUCGAUUUGCCUCAAAUAGAAUAUCCUGAAGACAAGUAUGUUACGAUUAUAUUAAUUUCCCUUUCGAUACUUAAGACUCAUGUUCUUUUUAUAAUUAGGCUUCCGAGAGUAAUCGUUUGCGGAUAUACAGAAGACGAUAUUCCAAAGAUCGUUGUAGCAGAUAGUCAAAAAAAGGGAAAAGACAGAUGUCUUCAAAGUUUGACCGGGAAAUUAACGGAAUCGUUGACCAUGCAAGAGAAACUGGUAUUCGAAAAUGCACAACUUGAAGGUGGCAAAUAUAAAUUAGAAGAGGCGUUACUAGAAAAGGAUUCCGCAGUUGAAAAUCUUCAGAGGAAGGUAUGCGGGCUACAGGCUGAAAUGAGAAUAGUCGUGAAGGAAAAUGUGGAAUUGACACGUCAAUUAGCUUGCUUGAAUCAACGAAUCGUUUGUCCUACUAGUCCUUGUUGUUACCCGUGCCCAGGUGGAAUUUCGUCCGAAGUAUCAAGCCCUUCUCCCUUACGUUCCUUUUCAUUCACUACUACCUUGCAGCAAGACGACGAUUAUUGUCGGUGCAAGUGUUGUCUUCAACCUCAGUUCGCUGAUACUUUAUCACCGAUUGGGAAUACUGUAUGCGUGAGAAGUGGGAGUCAAACAUACGUAGCUAGUGGAGAUUCACCAAGACUUGCGGGUGGUGCAUCAGUAACAGGUGCUUGUAUCACGAGCAGUGCAUCUUCGCAAAUCGAUGAAAUGUGUUGCAGAAGUCCAGCUACAGUUAAAACGCAAUGUCCAGGACAACCGCAACCAUGUCCGCCUCCGCCUCUGCCUCCGCGAGGAGCAUGUCCUGCGGAAAUGGAAAAUAAACUUGCAGCUUAUGGAACCACUACCAAACAGCUAGAACAACAAUUGGGAAGUAUGGAAUGCGAAGUACGCAACAUGCAGAUAGAACUUGCUAACGUUCAACGGGAACGUCAACAAUUAGAACAACAGCGUAAACUGCUUAAAUGCACUGGCCCUUGUGCACCUUGCGGUUGUUGUCCAGCUCCAACUAUGAGUAUGCCAAAUGCUGGCUCGCCGCCUUAUGUACCUCCACCUCCAGUUAUACAACCACCUUCUGUACCUAUGCCUAAGCCACAGAUGCCACCGGCUCCUACUUCAACCUGUACUGGUCCUUGCAUAAAUGCUCCUAUGGGCGCUAGCACGUGUCCUCAGCAACAGUUACGUGACCUGCGUGAGCAAUAUGCACGCCUACAAGAUGAUUACAAAAACAAAUUAUGCGAGGUUUCGUGUUUAAGAACAGAUGCUGAUAAGUUGAAACAGCAAACUCGUGAUACUAUCGAGGAAAAAGAAAAAUUAGAAAUUAAAUUGGUAGACGCUCAGGAACGUUUGAAGGCAAUGGAAGCUGAAAAAGAUAAAUACGAAGGUUUUAAGGAACAAAUGGUCGAGCAAGAACAAACUUUGAUCGUCUUCAAGCAACGUUUUCGUGAAGCGCAGGAUGAACUGGAAGAAUUGCGUUCCCUCAUUCAGGAUCAAGCUGGUCAAUUAGAGGAUUAUCGCAAUAAAUAUCUUCAGGCGCAGCAACAAGUGGAAGAGCAACGUCGGCAACUUGACCUAAUGGAGAUGGAUAACGCGCGAAUGAAUGAAAAUGUGACGUUAGAAAUAGGAAGAGUCAAGAAUCAGUUCCAAGAAAAGCUUGCCGAACUUGCACCCUUGCCGGAUAUCUUGAAGCAGACACAGGUGAAGCUUCAGGAAGCGCAACAACUACGUAUAGUCGCCGAACGAAACUGCGAGGAUCUCUCGCGAGAGCUUAUAGGGUGCAAAGAUAAAAUGCAAACUUUGCAAAAUCAGUUAGACGUUUUGCGUCAAGAGCAUCAAGCACUUCAGGAGGAAAGAGGUCAUGGUUCUGGACGAUUUGAGGAAUUGGAAAGAAAGAAUACUGAAUUGCGACACGAAAACGAACGCAUGAAGAAUACUCUUGCAAGAUUUGAAGAGCACGAAGCGCAGCUGCAGAAACGUAUAGAUGAAAAAAUGCACGAAGUUACUCAGCUAACGGCGAUGCUCGAACAAGUUCGAGAAGAUUCUGCGAGGCAAGUAGCAAGAACGAAAGAGAGAUGUGAAACUGUAAGAAGAUCGAUGCAAGGCCAGAUUGCAGAAAUGGAAAGGCAAUUAGCUCAAUGUAGAGCUACAGCAAGAGCUGCGCAGAAGGAUAGAGAUGAAGUAAAAUGUUUUACUGAUGAAAACGAAAUUGUACCUAUUCGAAUAUUGACUGCAAUUCAUUUUUCGUCUUAUCAUUUACAGAUUAGGCAGAAGAUGCAGGGUCAAAUAAAUAAUUUGAACGAGGCGUUUGAGCAGGCUCAAGGUCGAAUAAGAUCGUUGCAGGGGCACGUAAAUUAUCUGAAGACAUCGUACAGCAAUAUUUUUAAAGGACAAGGAGAGGUACCACCGGGCGUUUUACCUGGUGAAGCCGGAACAGGCUUUGAUUCUUGCGACUGCAACUAUUAAUAAGAAAUUAAUUGUUUGUAAACUUUAUUAAUACCGAAUUGAAAUUUUAAUGC